AUGGCUACUCCUUGGCCUCUGUUUCUACAAGCACUUGAAGGAAGAUUUGGCGAUCAACUCCUCGGCGAUCCUAUGACCGAGUUGCUCGCUCUAAAACAAACAGGUUCCUUCUCUGACUAUCAUGACCGCUUUGAAUUACUCUUAGGUCGUGUAUCUAUUUCAGAAUCAUAUGCGGUUAGUCAUUUUAUCAACGGCUUGAAACCUUAUGUGCAAAAAGUUGUACGCAUGUUUAUGCCGCAAACUCUUGUGCAUGCCUAUGCUCUAGCUCGCCUACAAGAUAUGUCUACACAUGUUAAGGAAGGAAUAACUCAAUCUAGUAGACGAUUUAACACCUAUGAUACUAAGUCUACACAUACACACAAUACUGCUCCAUUGCUUCCUACUCCUAUCACACCUGUCUUUAAAUCUAGACGACUUCUUGCUGAAGAAGAAAUGGCUGAUAAGAGAGCUAAGGGUUUGUGUUAUGGAUGUGAUGAAAAAUUUGACAAAGGACAUAGAUGUGCAAGAAAACAGAUCUAUUUGCUUGAGAUAGAUGAUGGUAUGCAUGCUGUUGAUUAUGAGUUUGAGGUAAUUACUGAAGAAUUAGGUGAAGAUAAGAAUCCAUUUAUCUCAAUUCAUGCUAUAAAUGGUUCCUCUGCUAGAGGCUUUCGAACCAUGAGAGUUACUGGCAGAAUUGGGAAGAAAGCCCUGCACAUCUUGAUAGAUUCAGACAGUACUCAUAACUUCCUUGAUUUGCACACAGCUAAGAAACUAGGAUUAGCACUCACUGGGGUGAAUCCUGUAUAUGUGGGUGUUGCGGAUGGUAAUAGAUUGGAAUGUAAAUCGAUGUAUAAAGGCUUGAAAUGGUCACUGAGGGGUACUACCUUUGUUACUGAUAUACUUCUCUUACCCUUGGGAAGUUGUGAUAUGAAGACAUGUGCUGAGAGGGGGCAUAAUGAACAUCUGGUACAAGUUGCUUCAGAAAAGGCAAUGAAUAAAAUUCUGAGUCAGAGUGAAGGAGUUCAAUUAUGUUGUAUUCAGAUGAAUAAUGAAGGACAUUCUGAGCUCUUUGCUGUGCAAAGUAAUGAAGAACAACAGCAAAUCCCUCAAGCUAUUCAAACAUUUUUAGAUGAGCAUCACUCUGUAUUUGCAGAGCCAACCACACUGUCUCCUAUGCGGUCUCACAAUCACAAGAUAUCUCUAAUACCAGAUGCUCCUCCAGUGUACUCCAGACCCUACAGACAUUCUGCUCUCCAGAAAAAUAUUAUUGAAAAGCAAGUGGCUGAUCUAUUACAGCAAGGCUUUAUUCAACCUAGCUCAAGUCCCUUCUCUUCUCCAGUAGUGCUUAUUAGAAUGGAGGAUCAAGACAUCCCUAAAACUGCCUUCAAGACACAUGAUGGACACUAUGAAUAUGCUGUCAUGCCCUUUGGUCUCACAAAUGCUCCAGCUACAUUUCAGAGCUUGAUGAAUGACAUAUUUAGACCAUUCUUAAGGAAAUGGAGGGUCUCUACUGAUCCAAAAAAGGUCCAAGCUAUGCAAGAGUGGCCUACACCUACUGAUGUUUCUAAACUAAGGGGCUUCCUUGGUCUCAUUGGAUAUUAUAGGAAAUUUGUGAGGAAUUAUGGGCUCAUAUGUAAACCCCUUACAGAUCUUCUACGAAAAGAUGCCUUUCACUGGGAUGCCACUGCUGAUGAAGCUUUUCUGGCAUUAAAACAAGCUAUGGUCUCUCCACCAGUGUUGGCUCUACCUGAUUUUUCUAAGCCUUUUGUGAUAGAAACUGAUGCUUGUAGCUAA